AUGGAUCCUCCACCGUCAUAUUCCGUUGAACCUCCUGUUAUCCGUGGCCCAGACCCUUCUAGGCUGCAGAGCCGCCAAAAUGGUAUUUGGGACAAACUGUUCAAAAAGAACCCGAAACAUAAGAAGAGAGGCCCAAUAAGUGAAACGAGCCGCACAUGGAGCCCCGUCACGCUCAAGGCACCACUCCUCUGCAGUGUAAUCAUCAUAUCCGGUGGACUCAUUGUCGUCAUCCAGCUAUUGCUCUCUAGUAGCCAAAAGAAUGAUGGGAUAAUCUUUUCACGAGACAUCAAUGGUCUGCCACUCAGCAAAUCAUUCAGCUACCUUUAUCUCCCGACUAUUAUUGCUGUAUUGUACAGUUUCUUGUGGAGCUGGAUAGAUCUCGAUGCUAAACGGCUGGAACCAUACUACCAACUAUCGCAAGAAUGCGGCGCGUCAGCUGAAGACUCCAUUCUUUUGGAAUAUCCGUAUGAUUUUGCAGGCUUUGUACCAAUCAAAGCCAUCAAGCGUCGCCACUGGCCUGUGUUCACAGCUUCGGUUGCCAUGCUUCUCAUAUUCUGGGGCAUUACUCCAACACAAGCUGGCAUUUUCGCUACAGACAACGUCGUUCGAACAUUCCCUAUGACAAUGCUGAGAUCUACCGGUUAUCUCACAAAUGCGGAGCAAAAUUCUGGACUCACGGCAACAUAUGCCCAGUCAGUGUACAAUAUCGCAUGGCUUAAUGAGAGCUUACCGGCCUUCAUGUCGCGGGACUACAUGUUGGCGCCAUUUGGGCCUCAAGAAAACCUAUCCGAUAUCAAAGACUCGGAAACUUGGACUGGCCAAACAACACGGUACUCUGUUGAUGUUUCUUGCAGCGUUCCCAAAGAAACUAAGGUCGACUAUCUGCUCGGUCCAUGCCAAUAUCAAAAGCCAUCCGCCAGUAUUGGCUUCAAGUACAGGAAAACUUACUCAAGCUUAUAUGUUGGAUACCACGACGAGGAUGGCAUGGCCGACUAUUAUCUAAGUCAAUUUUGCCCUAAGAAUGUUUCACACAGCUUCUUGAUUCGUUGGGUGGCCAAUACCUGGAACACGACGACAACGACGGCGAUCAACGAGACCGCGCUCUACUGCGAGCCCACGUACUACCAACAGGAUGUCAAUGCCACUGUAUCUUUGCCCAGAAAAGCAGUAAUGAACAUUACCACCUUAGGACCUAAAACCCCACUCCCAGAAGAUAUGUUCAACGCAACCAAUUUCGAAUGGGGCAUGAAUUCCGCCGAGCAAAGAUUUGCCAACCGCGGGGACUACCCCACUUCCGGGUGGGCAGACAUGCGGGCCCGUCUAAAUAACAUAGAUGUUGAUACUAACUACCUGCCUAAGAUGGCGUCAUUUGCAAUCGCCGCCCUCCAGCGACCCGCGGCAGACUACCUCGACCCGGAGGUCUUGCGUGCAUCUUACGAGGCUGCCUACCGUUUGCUCUUUUCCCGACAGCUCGUGGACGUGUUGAGCACGAAGCUGGAAGAAGGCACCGCGACAACCGGUCAGCGACAGUACAGAUCGCAAUCUGUCAUUGUGGUACCGGCAUUUGCUUACUUGACGGAAGGACUUCUUGGUGGCGUCAUACUGUUCACUGCUGGCCUGAUUUAUCUCUCGGUUGCGAAACAAAGGAAGCUCAAUUCGGAUCCUGCUGAUAUAUCAUCGUUGAUAAGUCUUGUAGCCGAUUCCCCGGAGUUUCUAGAUGAUAUGAAAAGGUUUGACCGGACUAGUACGAAAUACCUCAACAAGUCCCUCCAAGGAAGGGUCUACAUGCUGGGGCAAGCCGAUGAAGGCAGUGGGUUCCGACUCGAAAGGCUAGACAAAUCCGUCAUCGAGUGCCCGGGGAGCGAACCUGCUUCACAGGACCCUGAAGACGGGCUGAAGAUAGAUGGCAUCCGACCAAGGGAGCUUCGUCUCUGGACUGGCUCGUUCUUGCUUAGCUUUUUCUCCGCUAUGCUCGUCACUUUCGCUGUCCUGUACGCCAAGAUAGAAAGACAGAAUGGUAUCCCUCUUCCGUCCGAGGACCGGUUUGUGCGCCAGCUGGUGGAGAGCUACCUCCCGACAGUCGUCGCAACCUUGAUUGAACCCAUCUGGCUCGUUCUUAAUCGACUGAUCCUUACGCUGCAACCGUUUGAGGAGCUUCGACGUGGAAAGGCACUUGCGUCGAGGUCAAUUGCAGUCGACUACAACUCGCUGCCACCGCAGCUGGUCCUCUUCAAAGCCUUUCGAGCACGACACUUGGUGCUCGGCGCCGUCUGCUGCAUGACGCUGCUCGCGCACUUCUUGUCCAUCGCUUUCAGUGCCCUCUUCUUGGAGAGCGAAGUGAUGGUGUCACACGCAGCGACCUACUCAGCGCCCCUACAAGCGCCGCUUGAUACCUUCGCUCUGAAGAACCGCACAGACUUAUAUCUCCUCAACAACCGCGCCAACACGGAUCAGUUCUACGUCGUCAUGUCCAACCUCACAGCUGGCACGCCGCUCUCAUCUUGGGUCGACGAGCGGUUCUUCUACUUGCCUUUCGAGUCGACCAACGUUACACACCAAUCCUGGAGCCACCGCGCCACGACAAGGGCCUUCGGCGCCGAGAUUCAAUGCGUACCCCUCGAGACAGAAGGCCCAAACACCAUCGCCCUGGACUUUGAUGACAACGCCGGAGGAGUUCAUGUGAACAUCAGCGCCACCAUAGGUGAUCGUGUCUGUGAGACGAAAGACUACGUGGAUUACAUCGGGGGCAAAUUUCAAUCCAAGAUCGCACUCGAGCUUAACAACCUUGCGUGUGGCGACAUCCUGAUCAGCGGCUGGAUACGUGCCAAUGUGACACGUAACCAAAUCUGGACCAGCAAUGGUGCUGAUGAUAUCUCUCAGGUCACGUUUCAUUCGUUGGACUGGACCUUCAUCGCGUGUCGAGCUGUCAUGAAAACCGGCAUGUCCGAAGUCACGGUCGAUUAUCGUGGAAAGGUUCUGGAUGCUUCGCCGCAGCUGAUACCGGAUGACUCCCCCGAAAAGUAUUUCGUGCAGAACAACACAGAGAUCAUCAGCUCGAUCUACCGUGCCUGGAUAUUCCCAGGGCAGGAUACGGGUUCACUCAAUGUCCAGACUUGGCACAACGACUCAUAUCCUUCCGACUUUUACAACUAUCUGAUCCUGAAAUCGACUGAAGACCGGCGCCUGCUGGAUCCUGAUUUGCCACCUCCGACCUUCAACGAGACGGCUCCGAAAUUCGCCGCUCUCUACUCACAGCUGGUGGCUAUUACGCUCAGCGAGAACUCGAAUGUGAGCUUCUCCCCUUCAUCGGCAAACACCCAAGGAAGCAACAUCAAGCCGGAGACGCGCAUCUUCAUGUCCAAGCCCAUGUUCCUCAUCGCGGAGGCAAUUUUGGGUCUGUACGUCGUUGUUCUGGUCGCCGUCUACGUGCGCCGCCCUUGGCGCAUCCUGCCCCGAUUGCCGACGACGAUCGCGUCCAACAUUGGGUACUUCGCUGCGAGCCACGCGGUGCUGGACCUGAAAGGAACGGGGGCCAUGUCGGUGGCAACCAGGAACAAGCAUCUGGCGAGCAUGGGCCACAGGUACGGGUUUGGGACCUUUGUUGGCACGGAUGGCAAGCCACACAGAGGCAUCGAACGGCAGCCAUAUUUUGCGCCGUUGACCAAGACGGCACUUACCACGAAGGAACAAGACAACGACGGCGACAAAGCAGGCGAGGCCAAGCGUCCUUGGACGUCUUACUUCCAGUUGAAGAACCCGAGCACAAAUCGGGUCGUCGAAGGGGGGUGGCUUUGA